AUGGCUUCCGCAAAGCCCGUUGCAGCCAGCCGCGUGGCGACGCGCCGUCUGCACCAAACCACGCAGCACCUGAAGCCUGCCGCCACGACGACGGCCGCCUCGACCGUCGACUCGUACAUCACGACCCACGAGCCCGUCGCCGAGCCAUUGGACACUCAGAACUUCCUCGACAACCAGUUCGUCCCAUCCAAGGCGACCAAAUGGAUCGACCUGCACGACCCGGCAACCAACAACCUGAUCACUCGGGUGCCGCAGAGCACCGACGAGGAGCUGAAGGCGGCGGUGGACAGCGCCGAGAAGGCGUUCGGCCCGUGGAAGGCAACCAGCUUGCUGCACCGCCAGCAGGUCAUGUUCCGCUUCACGGCCCUGAUCAGGGAACACUGGGACCGCCUGGCAGCCAGCAUCACCCUUGAGCAGGGAAAGACGUUCGCGGACGCCAAGGGCGAUGUGCUGAGAGGCUUGCAGGUCGCCGAGACGGCGUGCGGAAUCACCACGCAGUUGACGGGCGAGGUGCUCGAGGUCAGCAAGGACAUGGAGACGAGGACGUACAGGGAGCCGUUGGGCGUGACGGCUGCCAUUUGCCCUUUCAACUUCCCCGCCAUGAUUCCGCUCUGGUCGAUUCCGAUCGCGACGGUGACUGGCAACACGCUGGUCAUCAAGCCGUCGGAGCGCGAUCCGGGCGCGUGCAUGAUCCUGGCGGAGCUGUGCGAGAAGGCCGGCUUCCCGCCGGGCGUCGUCAACAUCGUGCACGGCGCCGCCAAGACGGUCGACUUCAUCCUCGACGAGCCGCGCAUCAAGGCCGUCAGCUUCGUCGGCAGCAACAAGGCCGGCGAGUACAUCUACGCCCGCGCCUCGGCCAACGGCAAGCGCUGCCAGGCCAACCUCGGCGCGAAGAACCACGCCGCCGUCCUGCCCGACUGCAACAAGAACCACGCCCUGAACGCCAUUGCCGGUGCUGCAUUCGGCGCUGCCGGCCAGCGCUGCAUGGCCCUCAGCACGCUUGUGCUGGUCGGCGAGACGAAGGAUUGGGUGCCGGAAAUUGCGGAACGCGCCAAGGCACUGAACGUCAACGGUGGCUUUGAGCCCGGCGCGGACCUGGGCCCCGUCAUCAGCCCUGAGGCUAAGAAGCGGAUCGAGGAGGUCAUUGCCAGCGCUGAGGAGGAGGGCGCCACCAUCUUGCUGGACGGCAGGGGCUACAAGCCCGAGAAGUACCCCAACGGCAACUUUGUCGGUCCCACCGUCAUCACCAACGUCAAGCCGCACAUGCGCUGCUACAAGGAAGAGAUCUUCGGCCCCGUCCUCGUCUGCUUGAACGUCGAUACUAUGGACGACGCUAUUAGCCUAAUCAACGCCAAUGAAUAUGGCAAUGGUGUGGCCUGCUUCACACGCUCUGGUCCUACGGCCGAGCGCUUCCGCAGCGAGAUUGAGGCUGGUCAAGUUGGUAUCAAUGUUCCAAUUCCGGUCCCGCUUCCCAUCUUCACUGGAAACAAGAAGUCCAUCGCCGGUGGUGGCGUCAGCACUUUCUACGGCAAACCUGGUAUCAACUUCUACACCCAGACUAAGACCGUGACUUCCCUCUGGCGCCAUGAGGAUGCCCUUGCCCAGAAGGCUAGCGUCAACAUGCCCACCCAGAGCUGA